CGUUAUAAUCCACAAGUACACGUAGGAGAAGACGUGGCUUCCUUCACGUCCAUUCUUCUCCUUUCUCAUCAUUCUCGUCCGUCUGGAAAUUGAAUCCCAACUCCCAACCAAAAGCAAAUCGCUCUUCUUGUAGACAUAUAACUGAGGAGCAUUUUUUUUUCUUUUUUUUUUUUCGAGUUUGCCUUAAAAUGAAAAUGGCCUCCUCCUCCUCUUCUGUGUUACAACAUGCAAUCAAUUUCAGAAUUCAGCAGCAGCAGCUGGAGACCACCAACAAUUCCAAUUCCAGUUCCAGUAGUAGCAAGGGAGUUAUUAGUUCAUUGUCCUGGCGCCGCACUUUAGCUAAUAAUGCUCUGCCUUGCUCUUCUUCUUCUUCCUCUUCUUCCGCUAGAAGACACAGAAUUAGAAGAAUGACGAGGUGUAACGCUGCGGCGACGGCGGAGGUGGUGAAUUUGGGACCCGGUACGCCAGUGAGGCCGACCAGCGUCCUGGUGGUGGGGGCCACGGGGACGCUGGGAAGGCAGAUAGUGAGGAGGGCCCUGGACGAGGGUUACGACGUGAGGUGCCUGGUCAGGCCUCGACCUGCCCCUGCUGAUUUCCUUCGCGACUGGGGCGCCACCGUCGUCAAUGCUGACCUGAGCAAACCCGAGACGAUUCCUGCAACCUUGGUUGGCAUUCACACUGUCAUCGACUGUGCUACUGGCCGUCCUGAGGAACCUAUCAAAACUGUAGAUUGGGAAGGCAAAGUUGCUCUUAUCCAGUGUGCAAAAGCCAUGGGUAUUCAGAAAUUUAUUUUCUACUCCAUCCACAACUGCGACAAGCAUCCCGAGGUUCCCCUCAUGGAGAUUAAAUACUGCACUGAGAAAUUCCUCAGGGAUAUUGGCCUCAACCACAUUAUUAUUCGCUUAUGUGGUUUCAUGCAGGGCCUGAUUGGGCAAUAUGCUGUCCCCAUCUUGGAGGAAAAAUCUGUGUGGGGAACUGAUGCUCCUACACGAAUAGCAUAUAUGGACACACAAGACAUUGCUCGAUUAACAUUUAUAGCUCUUCGCAAUGAGAACAUAAAUGGGAAGCUUCUAACAUUUGCAGGGCCUCGUGCAUGGACGACCCAAGAGGUGAUAACAUUGUGUGAGAGGCUUGCCGGGCAGGAUGCAAAUGUGACCACAGUGCCUGUCUCAAUCCUGAGAUUGACACGCCAGCUGACUCGAUUAUUUGAGUGGACGAAUGAUGUGGCUGAUAGAUUGGCAUUUUCAGAGGUACUCACAAGUGAUACCAUCUUCUCAGUGGCAAUGGCCGAGACAUAUUCACUUCUUGGUGUUGAUGCAAAAGACAUCAUCACACUAGAGAAGUAUCUGCAGGAUUACUUCGCAAACAUACUAAAGAAGCUGAAAGACAUUAAAGCACAGUCGAAGCAAACUGACAUUUACUUCUGAAAUGGAGUUUCUCUGUACAAGUUGUACAUGCGAACUGUCAAGAUACCUUGAAAACAUUGAGCAAGAGGUGCGGUACUCCUUCAGAAUUUUCAAUUUUACUGGAUCACAGUUAACCUCAGAAGACUGCAAGAUACUUCUGACAGACAUAACCAAUGAAAAACAAUGGCCCAAUUCACAGGAUACCUGGAGAGGAAACAUGCAAAGAUUCUCACGUCUGCCUGUUGUCUAGUCUGUAUAUAGGGAAUUCACUGUAUGUUUUACACACCUUGGUGUUGAAUUUUCAGAUUGGGAUGUGUGUCUCUAUAUAUAUAUACACACACACGUGUGGGUUCAAGGGAAUUCUAAGCUUUACAAAAAGAAAGGAGAAAAUUUGACAAA